CGCAGACUUGUACAAUUGUCCAUCAUUGAGCAGUGCGCAGCGCAUCACCGACUGCGCCGACAGGCGUAACAUGGCUGCCGUAUCCGCAAGAGGAGCGCUACGCGGUCUUGCAGCCGCGCCGCGCGGCCUGGCCCCACGGCCUCGGGGUGCAGCAGCCGCAUUCAUCGUGCGCCGCGGCGCAUCGAUGGGAUUGGCCGCCGCGCGGCCGCCUCCGGCGUCGCAGCGGUGCGCCCGCUCCCUGUCGACCGCCGCGCCCGAGGCAGCCAAGGAGGACGAUGGCUACGCCUGGGUGCCGUACGCCGUUUUGGCGGCCAUCGGCGGCCUCGGCUUCUGGUUCUGGCGCGCGUCGACGGCCCACGGCAACCGCAGCGCCUUGAUUGACCUCAUUGAGGACGAGCAGCCUUUAUCUGGAGACGAGCGCGAUUUACUAAGAGACGCGAACGCCACGUUCCUGCAGCCCGAGCGCCUCGAGAACGUAGCAAGGAGUACGUUAUCAAGUCUGCGGGCGGACGCUCGCACGGAAGUGGACUACGUUGAUUUUUGUCGUGUUUGUGACCGGUACCUGGACCGACAGCUCGAGCACGGCCACCUGGUGGAUCGGUGCGCGCUGCAGGUGAAGCCUCAUGAGGCGGGGCUGCUCGUCGUCGUCUUGUCGCUUUGUGCGGGUGGUGAUGCUGUGGAGCGGGCCGCGGCGCUGGGGAGGAUCCUAGAAUGCGAGGACCGCGACCGGCUCGACGCGCUGGUCGGAUGGCUGGUGGCCACGGGUCAAAUAAGGCCAUCAAAACAGGUCGCUGAAGGUUCAAGUAGUUUCCCGGCGCAGACGUAUGAGCGGCGCGACGCCCACGGCCUCGUGGAAGAGGCGCUCGCCGAGACGGGUGUAGUGGGACCAUUCGCUGCCGCCGACGUCGCCGCGGUGCUCACGGCGAAGGCCAUAGACUAUCACUAACGACUCAAAGGGA